CCCAUUGAGAAAACAAACACUUUCUUUCAAUUUUGGUCCUUCAGAUUCAGGGUUCGGGAAAUCUAUUGAACAAUCCUUAUCAAUAUCUAUAUAUUUUUGAAAGAAAAAAAAAACCCAGAAAUUCUUCUUAAUCAUUGUAGUAAAUCCGGGCAAUCUUUUGAGCUGGAAAAAGAAUGUCUUCCAAUUUUAUAUGAUCUCUUUUUUGGGGUUUGCAAGAACCUUCCUUCAUGUUUCUGAAUCUGAUUGCUUGAAUCUUUCAUGAGCUGAAAAUUCAUUCCUUUAUUAGUUAGAAAUGUGCAUUGACUUCAUAGGGUCAUGCCGAUUGUAUUGAAUUUUCGUAGUUUAGUUGUCAAGAUUGCAUCUUUAUGGUUUAGGAUGAUAAUUUAUUGAUAUUGAUGAUUGGGUUGAGAUGGGUUUUCUUGAUUAAAGAUUAAAAAUCAAGUGUUCUUCUUGUUUGUUGUGGUUUUGGAUUGGUGGGUUGAGUUGUAAAUACAAGGAUAGUGAAGUUCAUAGCAAUGGAUAAGAAUGGUAAGAGUGAUAAAAAGGAGUGUUUAAAUGGUGUAGAUUCUCAGAAUCUUGCACUGAAUGGAGGAAAAGAUGAGCAAGAGGAAUCACAGCUGUUGUUGCCUCCAAAUAAUGAAGGUGGAUUGUCUAAGAAGUCGGGGAAGCCCAGGAGGAAAGUUCAGUGGAAUGAUAAAAAUGGAAAUAAGCUUGCAGAAGUCCUGGAAUUUCAACCAAGUGAUGUGAGUGAGUCUGAUGAUGAUGAGUCAGAUACCUGCUUCUGUAGGAUAAUGUAGUAUCUUCGUGAGAUUUUGCUGGACAAUCAUGGAUUGCGCCCGACUGAGAUUGUGAAAUUUGGGUAGAGUGCUGACAAUUCAAUUCACAUGGAGCCGAGUGUGAAAUGAUUUCAACAUCAUUGAAGCUUCAGACUAUUGGAUUUCAUGAAAAUGAUGGUCUUUACCAUGUAGCAAAUUGGUUUCACCUGCUGGAGGUGUGCAGCAACUAGCAAUAUUCGUCUGUUAGAUAGAGAGUAGAUUAAGAAGUUCAUGAUUUGGCUUCCGUAUGACCUAUAAUAGCCUUAUCACCCCAUCCCUGUGUCCUGGUCAUCUGCCGGUGAUUACAAGCUUCCAGUGUAAUUGACUUGAUAGAUUGCAGACGAAAACAGAAAAAAGAAAAAAAUAGGAGAGACCAGAAUUUGUUCUCUGGUGGAUUCUCAUACUAGUGAUAUUUGUUUGAUAAUGCAGCAAUAAUUGCUCUACUUUUUUGUCAAUUUCUUUCUUCUAUUUCCUAAAUAAAGAUUUCCUUGUGCAA